UUGGACAGCUAGAGUUGCGUGUCAGAUUCUGGAGUCGGUUGGUAGUUUAGAACUGUUGGAGCUCCUCUUUGCUGAUUCUAUACCUUCUCUCCGGGAAAGCAACAGAAACUGUCAAGAUGAAGGUUGUGCUUAUGCUGGCACUUCUCGGUUAUGUAGCAAGUGCGAAAGUACCUCUGUACAACACGGAGCAUGGCACCGCCAUCCCGGAUGAGUACAUUGUGGUUCUGCGCAGCAACAUCACCGACCAUGAGCGAGCUGUCCAUAUGGGCAAAGUGAACGACAUCGUCAAAAACUCGGAGUUACCCCACUCUCAUGUGAAACACGAAUUCUGCAUCGGUGAUCUGGUGGGCUAUUCCAUGAUAGCACCGAGGAGUGUUGUGGAACUUCUCCGAGAGUUCCCGGAUGUAGAAUACAUCGAGGCCAAUCAGAUUGUGAAAGGGCACUCUGGGCACGAGAGUAGCGAAAAAUACCGAGAAAUGAACGAGACUGAGGAAAAGUGUCACGUGCAGCGCAUGGCAGGAUGGAACCUCGUGCGCAUCAACCAGAGGAUGUUGAACAUAGACGGGCGGUUCUCGUACAAAGGCAGCUCUGACGGUACAGGUGUGACUGUUUACGUCAUGGAUAGUGGUAUCAACACUGAACAUGUGGAGUUUGAAGGAAGAGCAAGCUGGGGUGUGGACUUUGUUGACGACCCCUCUCCCUUUACCGAUAAGAACGGACACGGCACACACGUAGCAGCUUUGAUAGGCGGAAAGACUUUCGGAGUGGCAAAGAAAGUUCACCUGGUGGCCGUGCGGACGAUGAACCAGAACAGCUCCGGCAAGACCGAUAACCUGAUACUAGCCAUUGAGUGGAUCACCAAAGACGUGCAAAAACACAAAGAGAAGAAACCCACGUACAAGGCCAUCACCAACAUGUCAGUAGGAACUUCACGUUCUGCUGCGCUCAACGCCGCCAUUGCUGCUGCAGCCAACGCGUCCAUGCUCUUUGUGGUUUCGGCGGGAAACGCCCAGACAGACGCCUGUAACGCGUCCCCUGCCAGCGCGGAGGCAGCGAUAACAGUUGCCGCUACCAACGCAAUCGACAAGUUCUCCUCAACUUUCUCAAACUUCGGUGCAUGCGUGGACAUCCUUGCCCCGGGGGAAGACAUCCAGUCUGCCUGGAUCAACAGCAAGUACUCCGUCAUGAGCAUGACUGGCACGUCCCAAGCUGCGCCGCAUGUGACCGGAGUGAUCAGCCGGUACCUAAGCUUCUUCCGUGAUGCCACCGGCAGCAUCAGUCCGGAGGCAGUCCGGGACUGGGUGGUGGGCAUGUCUAGUAAGGACGUGGUGCAAGAGAUCCCGGAUGAGGACACGCCCAACAAGCUGUUGUUCCUGGACUGUUACUAGGCAACCGCCGUUGCUGGGCAACCAUCAACACUACGUAACUGCAACGGUAAAAGUGAACGACACGUUUGGGUCUUCACAGAAAACUAAACUGAACUGUUGUAGGAUUGAAAGAGAACUAAGCUACGCCAGCGACUACAUGUAUGUCUGGUUGGUCAUAUUAUCGGCUCUGUUGAGUUGUUGUAGUAGCAAUAGUCUCCGAAAGUACAGCAUAUGAAAAAAAA